AUGCACGUUACCCCGCUCGAGGCUGAAAAUAUAACUCCAAAAGUAGCCACGCUUCCCAACCCGAAAGAUGAUCUGGACAAGUCCUUAGCGAGUCUUAGCGGGGAUGUGAGCAAGUUCAAGUUUUGCGCCAUGCUCACUGCGAGUGUUUUCAAAGGGUCGGACGGUGCACUGUUGGAAAAACCAGGGGACCCAGUAAAGAAUCUUUCCUCUGUGGCCGUACAAAAAGAUAUAUGCAACACAUCGCCAGUGCUCGACCCCACGGCAAUGGCUUUAUACAGCGUCGUCAGGUCGAACUUCUACGGAUUCGAUAACCCGACCACGAUUGCCACAAAGGUGAGGAGCAUACUGAAAGCCCACACAACAUUUUGUAUUUUGAUUUACAACGUCCAUCAUGACGACGUUAACAACACCUGCGCCAGGGGAAAAUUUCCGCUCACAACGGCCGCGAGAAAUGCCUUCGACAACACCUAG